GGCAAAUUAACAGCAUAAAAUGCUGGAACAGAAGAUUUGGCUGCGGGGAUUAGUCGCAGCAGUUACGUUGGUGCUCGUAGGACAUGUGCAACAGAUUGACUCCUCUCAACAAUCAUACCCACUUUCGAUACAAGACAUACGACUCAUUGGUGAUGCGAACAGAACCGAAGGUAGAGUUGAAAUAAAAGUGUUCGAUACCUGGGGUACAAUAUGCGAUGACAAUGUUGGACUGAAAGAAGCCAGUGCUUUAUGUCGUAUGAUGGGAUACGGACCGGCAACUAGAUCUUACACAGCAAGCAAUCCGGGGACAGGACCGAUCUUUGUUGAUAAUUUGGAUUGUGGUGCAAACGCAUCUUCUAUCAAUGAAUGCAAUUACACGACGAAUCAUAACUGUGGUCACGCAGAAGAUGUCGCAGUAACAUGCAUAGAAUGCCCAGCGCUGAUUAUACAAGGUGGUUCAUUGAUAUUAUCCGCAACUCGUAGUGGUAUAGCAAUGUUGACUUGUAAUGUGGGAUGGUACAUGGAUGGAAGUAAUGGCACAUUUGAGUGCAAGGACGGAAUGUGGAGUAAUUCGAACACAACAUGCCAGCCCAAUCCACCAGUUAACAUAACCGAUGUUCGCCUUGUUGGCGGACCAUCUCCUAACGUUGGACGUGUUGAAAUAGCCAUUGGAGGCAUAUACGGAACUGUUUGUGAUAAUAUGUUUGACUUUCCUACUGCAGAUGUCAUUUGUAAAUCAAAUAAUUCCAGCUUGCAAGCUGCCGCUAUUUUCAAUGGUGCAAAGUUCGGCGAAGGAUCUGGUCCAAUUCAUCUUGACAGGCUUAACUGUCUUUCUGGAGACACGAAUAUUAAUCAAUGCAAGUACUCGAAAAAUGGCCAUUGCAAUCAUAGUCGAGAUGUGUCAGUACUUUGUAGCGAAUGCGGAAAACUAGAAAGACCUAACUUGAUUUACAAGGGUACAGGUCUAUUCGUUGACUGCAAUUAUAAUGCUGGACACGUUGGUUAUCUACCUGUGUCAUGCAGGGAUAGUAAAUGGAACAUAACGGGAACCUGUCUGAAAUACGCAUACCCUCUUUCGAUACAAGACACACGACUUAUUGGUGAUGGGAACAGAACCGAAGGUAGAGUUGAAAUAAAAGUGUUCGAUACCUGGGGUACAAUAUGCGAUGACAAUGUUGGACUGGAAGAAGCCAGUGCUUUAUGUCGUAUGAUGGGAUACGGACCGGCAACUAGAUCUUACACAGCAAGCAAUCCGGGGACAGGACCGAUCUUUGUUUAUAAUUUGGAUUGUGGUGCAAACGCAUCUUCUAUCAAUGAAUGCAAUUACACGACGAAUCAUAACUGUGGUCACGCAGAAGAUGUCGCAGUAACAUGCAUAGAAUGCCCAGCGCUGAUUAUACAAGGUGGUUCAUUGAUAUUAUCCGCAACUCGUAGUGGUAUAGCAACGUUGACUUGUAAUGUGGGAUGGUACAUGGAUGGAAGUAAUGGCACAUUUGAGUGCAAGGACGGAAUGUGGAGUAAUUCGAACACAACAUGCCAGCCCAAUCCACCAGUUAACAUAACCGAUGUUCGCCUUGUUGGCGGACCAUCUCCUAACGUUGGACGUGUUGAAAUAGCCAUUGGAGGCAUAUACGGAACUGUUUGUGAUAAUAUGUUUGACUUUCCUACUGCAGAUGUCAUUUGUAAAUCAAAUAAUUCCAGCUUGCAAGAUGCCGCUAUUUUCAAUGGGGCAAAGUUCGGCCAAGGAUCUGGUCCAAUUCAUCUUGACAGGCUUAACUGUCUUUCUGGAGACACGAAUAUUAAACAAUGCAAGUACUCGAAAAAUGGCCAUUGCAAUCAUAGUCGAGAUGUGUCAGUACUUUGUAGCGAAUGCGGAAAACUUGAAAGACCUAACUUGAUUUACAAGGGUACAUGUCUAUUCGUUGACUGCAAUUAUAAUGUUGGACACGUUGGUUAUCUACAUGUGUCAUGCAGGGAUAGUAAAUGGAACAUUACGGGAACCUGUCUGAAAUACGCAUACCCACUUUCGAUACAAGACACACGACUUAUUGGUGAUGGGAACAGAACCGAAGGUAGAGUUGAAAUAAAAGUGUUCGAUACCUGGGGUACAAUAUGCGAUGACAAUGUUGGACUGGAAGAAGCCAGUGCUUUAUGUCGUAUGAUGGGAUACGGACCGGCAACUAGAUCUUACACAGCAAGCAAUCCGGGGACAGGACCGAUCUUUGUUGAUAAUUUGGAUUGUGGUGCAAACGCAUCUUCUAUCAAUGAAUGCAAUUACACGACGAAUCAUAACUGUGGUCACGCAGAAGAUGUCGCAGUAACAUGCAUAGAAUGCCCAGCGCUGAUUAUACAAGGUGGUUCAUUGAUAUUAUCCGCAACUCGUAGUGGUAUAGCAACGUUGACUUGUAAUGUGGGAUGGUACAUGGAUGGAAGUAAUGGCACAUUUGAGUGCAAGGACGGAAUGUGGAGUAAUUCGAACACAACAUGCCAGCCCAAUCCACCAGUUAACAUAACCGAUGUUCGCCUUGUUGGCGGACCAUCUCCUAACGUUGGACGUGUUGAAAUAGCCAUUGGAGGCAUAUACGGAACUGUUUGUGAUAAUAUGUUUGACUUUCCUACUGCAGAUGUCAUUUGUAAAUCAAAUAAUUCCAGCUUGCAAGCUGCCGCUAUUUUCAAUGGUGCAAAGUUCGGCCAAGGAUCUGUUCCAAUUCAUCUUGACAGGCUUAACUGUCUUUCUGGAGACACGAAUAUUAAACAAUGCAAGUACUCGAAAAAUGGCCAUUGCAAUCAUAGUCGAGAUGUGUCAGUACUGUGUAGCGAAUGCGGAAAACUAGAAAGACCUAACUUGAUUCACAAGGGUACAGGUCUAUUCGUUGACUGCAAUUAUAAUGCUGGACACGUUGGUUAUCUACCUGUGUCAUGCAGGGAUAGUAAAUGGAACAUUACGGGAACCUGUCUGAAAUACGCAUACCCACUUUCGAUACAAGACAUACGACUUAUUGGUGAUGCGAACAGAACCGAAGGUAGAGUUGAAAUAAAAGUGUUCGAUACCUGGGGUACAAUAUGCGAUGACAAUGUUGGACUGGAAGAAGCCAGUGCUUUAUGUCGUAUGAUGGGAUACGGACCGGCAACUAGAUCUUACACAGCAAGCAAUCCGGGGACAGGACCGAUCUUUGUUGAUAAUUUGGAUUGUGGUGCAAACGCAUCUUCUAUCAAUGAAUGCAAUUACACGACGAAUCAUAACUGUGGUCACGCAGAAGAUGUCGCAGUAACAUGCAUAGAAUGCCCAGCGCUGAUUAUACAAGGUGGUUCAUUGAUAUUAUCCGCAACUCGUAGUGGUAUAGCAACGUUGACUUGUAAUGUGGGAUGGUACAUGGAUGGAAGUAAUGGCACAUUUGAGUGCAAGGACGGAAUAUGGAGUAAUUUGAACACAACAUGCCAGCCCAAUCCACCAGUUAACAUAACCGAUGUUCGCCUUGUUGGCGGACCAUCUCCUAACGUUGGACGUGUUGAAAUAGCCAUUGGAGGCAUAUACGGAACUGUUUGUGAUAAUAUGUUUGACUUUCCUACUGCAGAUGUCAUUUGUAAAUCAAAUAAUUCCAGCUUGCAAGCUGCCGCUAUUUUCAAUGGUGCAAAGUUCGGCGAAGGAUCUGGUCCAAUUCAUCUUGACAGGCUUAACUGUCUUUCUGGAGACACGAAUAUUAAACAAUGCAAGUACUCGAAAAAUGGCCAUUGCAAUCAUAGUCGAGAUGUGUCAGUACUUUGUAGCGCAUACCCACUUUCGAUACAAGACAUACGACUUAUUGGUGAUGCGAACAGAACCGAAGGUAGAGUUGAAAUAAAAGUGUUCGAUACCUGGGGUACAAUAUGCGAUGACAAUGUUGGACUGGAAGAAGCCAGUGCUUUAUGUCGUAUGAUGGGAUACGGACCGGCAACAAGAUCUUACACAGCAAGCAAUCCGGGGACAGGACCGAUCUUUGUUGAUAAUUUGGAUUGUGGUGCAAACGCAUCUUCUAUCAAUGAAUGCAAUUACACGACGAAUCAUAACUGUGGUCACGCAGAAGAUGUCGCAGUAACAUGCAUAGAAUGCCCAGCGCUGAUUAUACAAGGUGGUUCAUUGAUAUUAUCCGCAACUCGUAGUGGUAUAGCAACGUUGACUUGUAAUGUGGGAUGGUACAUGGAUGGAAGUAAUGGCACAUUUGAGUGCAAGGACGGAAUGUGGAGUAAUUUGAACACAACAUGCCAGCCCAAUCCACCAGUUAACAUAACCGAUGUUCGCCUUGUUGGCGGACCAUCUCCUAACGUUGGACGUGUUGAAAUAGCCAUUGGAGGCAUAUACGGAACUGUUUGUGAUAAUAUGUUUGACUUUCCUACUGCAGAUGUCAUUUGUAAAUCAAAUAAUUCCAGCUUGCAAGCUGCCGCUAUUUUCAAUGGUGCAAAGUUCGGCGAAGGAUCUGGUCCAAUUCAUCUUGACAGGCUUAACUGUCUUUCUGGAGACACGAAUAUUAAACAAUGCAAGUACUCGAAAAAUGGCCAUUGCAAUCAUAGUCGAGAUGUGUCAGUACUUUGUAGCGAAUGCGGAAAACUAGAAAGACCUAACUUGAUUUACAAGGGUACAGGUCUAUUCGUUGACUGCAAUUAUAAUGCUGGACACGUUGGUUAUCUACCUGUGUCAUGCAGGGAUAGUAAAUGGAACAUUACGGGAACCUGUCUGAAAUACGCAUACCCACUUUCGAUACAAGACAUACGACUCAUUGGUGAUGCGAACAGAACCGAAGGUAGAGUGGAAAUAAAAGUGUUCGAUACCUGGGGUACAAUAUGCGAUGACAAUGUUGGACUGGAAGAAGCCAGUGCUCUAUGUCGUAUGAUGGGAUACGGAUUUGCAACUAGAUCUAACACAGCAAGCAAUCCGGGGACAGGACCGAUCUUUGUUGAUGAUUUGGAUUGUGGUGCAAACGCAUCUUCUAUCAAUGAAUGCAAAUACACGACGAAUCAAAACUGUGGUCACGCAGAAGAUGUCGCAGUAAGAUGCAUAGAAUGCCCAGCGCUGAUUAUACAAGGUGGUUCAUUGAAAUUAUCCGCAACUCGUAGUAGCAUAGCAACGUUGACUUGUAAUGUGGGAUGGUACAUGGAUGGAAGUAAUGGCACAUUUGAGUGCAAGGACGGAAUGUGGAGUAAUUCGAACACAACAUGCCAGCCCAAUCCACCAGUUAACAUAACCGAUGUUCGCCUUGUUGGCGGACCAUCUCCUAACGUUGGGCGUGUUGAAAUAGCCAUUGGAGGUCUAUACGGAACUGUUUGUGAUAAUAUGUUUGACUUUCCUACUGCAGAUGUCAUUUGUAAAGCACAUAAUUCCAGCUUGCAAGCUGCCGCUAUUUUCAAUGGUGCAAAGUUCGGCGAAGGAUCUGGUCCAAUUCAUCUUGACAGGCUUAACUGUCUUUCUGGAGACACGAAUAUUAAACAAUGCAAGUACUCGAAAAAUGGCCAUUGCAGUCAUAGUCGGGAUGUGUCAGUACUUUGUAGCGAAUGCAGAAAACCAGAAAAACCUAACUUGAUCUACAAGGAUAAAGGUCUGUUCGUUAACUGCCAACAUGAUACGGGUUACGUAGGUUAUCUACCUGUGUCAUGCAGGGAGAGAAAAUGGAACAUGACGGGAACCUGUUUAAAAUAUGAAAAACCUCUCACCGUGGAAGAUAUACGACUUGCAAAUGGAACGUACGACGAAGAAGGCAGAGUUGAAAUUAAAGUAUUUGACGAAUGGGGUACAAUAUGUGACGACAGUUUUGGUCUGGAAGAAGCCACUGUUAUAUGCCGUAUGCUAGGAUAUGGCUUCGCAACGGGAUUCAACACAUCAGUUCAUCCCGGUAAAGGGCCGAUAUUUGUUGAUAAUUUGGAUUGUGGUGAAAACUUUUCUCAUAUCAAUGAUUGUGAGUACACGACGAUGCAUAACUGUAGCCACAGCGAGGACGUCGCAGUUACCUGCAAUGCCCCGGUUCAAGAGCCAGAUGAGAAAGCAAAUGCUUCGGAGGUCAACAAAAACAAUACAGCGACUGACAGCGAUCAAAAUCCGACAAACUUAAUUCCAACCCCGGUUCCAGAGCCAGAUGAGAAAGCAAAUGCUUCGGAGGUCAACAAAAACAAUACAGCGACUGACAGCGAUCAAAAUCCGACAAACUUAAUUCCAAUUCUUGCCGUCGCUUUCGGAGGAAUCGUAGGGAUGAUAGUUAUCAUUGGAGCUGUCGUGUGUGCCGUGAGACGUUUCAAGCGGCUUAGGGGUGAUAUUGGGGAAACUAAACGCGCACAUACAUACCCAAAUCCUGUUUAUGAAGUUUUAAAACGCGAACACGACCAAGAAGUACACGACGGUGACAAUGAAGAUGUCUUUGAAAAUGAUCAACAAUAUGUUAAGGCUUAAGAUGUCACUUUCUAUGCCUAGCAACAAGAAACAUCGCGAAUGUUUAAAUUAAUGAACUAUGUUUAUUUGUCUGAAACGAACAACGUUUAAUUAGUUAAAAAUAAAAUUUGUACUAAAUUGUGUUAUGUUUGAUAAAAACUUAUCAUGUUUUGUUGAACGAGACUUUAAAUAAAUUGAACGGAACAUGAUACAAACAUUUCACUCUAUCCGUUGUAACAAUCAUAAAUACAAAAAAUGUCAGGACAAACUUGCUUUUAAGUAUUGUACAUGUAUAUUGUAAAUUUCAUAGUCCUUUUUGACACUGCUUAAUGCGUAGGAUUUCAAUCAAGAUAACGAUUUCAUCACACCUCGUAUCUUUUCUUAAAAUGGGUUUUUCAACAACACGCUUGUUGACAAAUACAAAUUUGAUUAAAAAACUACAUAUGUUUGUAAUGUAAUUAACUGUAAAAAAACGGAAUAAGAAAACUAUUUUUAAUUUUGAAAACAUUUUGUAGAAUAAAUAUGCACAAUAUAUUAAACAACAUGCUAAUUCUAUUCCUCUAUAAUGAGUUGUCAAAAUUUCGUCAUUGAUGCAUAUGUAAUUGAUUCUACUACGCAAGACAUAUGUUUAUACAUAAUAAUGCAAUAUAAAUUUAAAUAACGUUUGCAUUGCUUGUACAUGUUUUCAUUUUUUUUUACAAAAUGUUUGAUAAUAUACUGUAUAUAUUUGAAUUUCUACACAUUAUUCAGAAACAAUAAGUUAAAUGCAAAGCGAAUGCAAGUUUAAACAUGUGUAUGGAUUGUGCACCUUGUGAGAAUUAUCAAGUUAUAUUUUUACAACAUGUUUUACGCCUUCAGUAUUGCAAAAUACAAGUAUUUGAUGUCCAUGUUGUGUUUGUUAACAACAAACCGCUUGUCGUGAAGUUUGAAUAAUCUCUGAAAACGACGUUUACUGCAACGCAUGACGGUAAGAUGUAUGUGAAUUGUUUGGAGUUACCACUGUUUUUAUUACAAGUGCACGUCCCGUGAUAUGACAGUUCUUGUUAUUGUUAUAUCGUUUUAUAAUCAUUUUAUUUGAAUGUUGUAAAUUAUAACGGUUACUAUGCAUUGUAUUAAUAGCUGCUUAUACCAAUUUAUUGUUGCAUGAUUCACUGUGUCCAUCCUAAAUUGUUUUUCGGUCUAGUCUUGCCACAUAAUAGUUAUUGCUGACUGAUAAAUUACUGAUGACAAGUAAGACAUUUGCUUGUUAACACAAAACGUUUUUCUUACGAACAUUAUCGGAGUAUAUAUUCCUAUCAAUAGUGAAAAUACAUCUACAAAUGUUAUCGGUAUCAAUUGCUUUAAUCCACACAGUUUUUCAUUCAAAAGUAAAAACAGAAGAAACUGCAAGUGUUUUGAUUGUAUAAGUGCCCGUUGCUAAGGUGAGCUGAGUUGUUGGAAACCUAUUAUUCGACUUGCUUUAUAAGUAUUUGUGUCACUAUGUAUCUUUCUUGAAAUGAUUUAAAUCGCUAGUUUGAUGUCAAUAUAUUGUUUUAUCUGAUUGUAAUUAGUGAAUUGUGUGAGUCAUUUCCCAUUACUUGCAUGCUGUAACAUUCCUUUUGAGCACCUGUUGAGGGCACAAUGGUUUAUGUGUCCGGUUAUAUGAAUUGUGUUGUUACAUGCACACUGUGUCAUGUGUUGGACACAGGGCACCCAUGUUCAUGUACUGGACACAGCACACAGUGUGUCAACUGGAAAUGUUCAAACCCUAAGUAAACAUCACCUUACACAACUUGUAUUUAUCUUUUUUAAGUUUAAAACAAUAAGACUUUGUUAAUAAAAAGAAAUCUACGUCACUGAGAUUGAGUAAGCUCUACAAAUAUAUUCAACAUUUAUAUUGCACAAAAGUAGAAUGGCAUAGCAAGAAUAUAAACAAAAUCAAUUUGAAAUUGUUUUUUUUUGUUUUUGUUGUAGAAAUAUCAACAAAUGUAUUACUUGUCUCGCUGAACUGGAUCCCAACAUUUGUUUGCAGCUAUGGGAUUAGUUUGAUACUCACACUUAUCCAGUGAUUUGAACAAAGCGCAUUUUUAUUUAUUAUUGUUGGAAAUGUUAUUGAUAUAUACGUUCUUGACGAACAAUUGUGAAAUUCAACAACUGUCGAACAAAGUAUUGAAUAAUACGCUAUCACUAAGACUUAUAAGUAUACAUUUGCAUGAAAGCUUUGAAUGAACAUGUGUGUAAUCAGUGAGGUUAAAUAUUCCAUAUGAUUAGCUGUAAAUCACAGAAUGACAAGAUGACUGAACCAAAUCCAGCUCAAGAUGGGUGCGAAGUGUUCACUCGAUCAAAAUACUUAACAAAGAGCUACGAACACAUCAACCAUGUAUCUGUUAAAACCAGGUCUGAAUGUGAAUUUGAAACACAAGAAAACUGGGAUUAAGUUGAUUUACCUUGCUCUAGCAACGUUGACCAGCAAUUAAACCUGAUUGGCAAGGAUAAGAUGAUGGCAAAAGACAUUCAACCGUUGAAAGGGUCAAACGCGCAAUAAAUAUUGUAUCAGGAAUAAGCAACAAUCGGUCCACAUGGUCUGACACUUUUAGUGGUGCGGAAACAUGCCAUUCACGUAAGACGCAUUAAUCUGCAUGUUGAUGCAUUCUGAAUAUCAGUGCGUUGCUUACAGUCGAAGAGACAUAUCGUAAGGACGUAAUUUG